AUGGAGAACAGCACUUUAUUAAAAAUGAACAACGGGACUCAGGCUACGAUAUGGACUGAUUAUAGUAUCGAAUACAAGGUCGCUAGCAUCUUAUUAGUGAUUCUUAUUUGUGGAGUUGGAAUUGUUGGCAAUGUUAUGGUCAUUCUUGUGGUCUUAACGACCAAGCACAUGCGUACCCCAACUAACUGCUAUUUGGUGAGUCUGGCAGUUGCCGACCUCAUGGUCCUGACUGCAGCCGGGCUGCCCAACAUCACCGAGAGUCUGUUCGGUGGCCACUGGGUGUACGGAUACGCUGGGUGCCUCUCCAUCACUUAUUUUCAGUACCUGGGCAUCAACGCGUCCUCCUGCUCCAUCACAGCCUUCACCAUUGAACGCUACAUCGCCAUUUGCCACCCGAUAAAAGCGCAGUUUAUGUGCACCCUCUCCCGAGCCAAAAAGAUCAUUGUUCUCGUUUGGGUUUUAACGUCCCUCUAUUGUGUUAUGUGGUUUUAUCUUUCCGACACGAAAAAGGACGUUUAUGAUAACGCUGUCCUCGUGACAUGCGCAUACAAAGUAUCUAGAAACCUGUAUUUGCCCAUAUAUUUCACAGAUUAUGCCGUGUUUUAUGUUAUCCCGCUUUUGCUGGCCACUGUUUUAUACGGGUUGAUCGCAAGGAUUCUUUUCCUCAACCCGCUCCCGUCGGAUCCCAAGGAAAGUCGAAGAAACUGGAAAAAGCAGUCGUCCGUGCAUGGGAACUCCAGGAGUUCCUCCAGCAGCACAACUGCUGCUUCUCGGAGACAGGUGACAAAGAUGCUGGCAGUGGUGGUGAUCCUUUUCGCUCUGCUGUGGAUGCCCUAUCGGACACUGGUGGUGGUCAACUCCUUCCUCAAGAAGGCCUAUCUGGACACCUGGUUCCUUCUGUUCUGCCGUCUCUGCAUCUACUUGAACAGCGCCAUCAACCCUAUCAUCUACAAUGCCAUGUCUCAGAAGUUCCGUGCCGCUUUCCACAAGCUCUGCCAUUGUGGUCCCCAGCGCUCUGAGAAGCCCCCCACGUAUAGCGUGGCCCUCACGUACAGCGUCAUCAAGGAGACCUCCAAUGGAGAAAGCCCAGACCACUAUACCACAGAGCUGGACGACAUCCACGGAGCCGCCGAAGAGCUUCUGUCCAAGAGGAAGAGGCUAUCGUUUAAAGAGUCCUCACUAGCUUGUAAAGACACAUUGGCUAGUGCUUAGAUCUAAAGUUGCUUAAUUUGCACUUUCACAGUGCCUCAGUGGCCUAUUGGAUUGGCCGCCACAUAGAAACGGCAUUUUGACAAUCAUUUACACAUUCGAAACAAAGCAGAUUUACUCAUAACCUAAACUUAUUUAGUAGCUGUAGACCAAAAUAGGUCUAGUCCAGUCUGUGAAGGCGAAGUAAUGCUCCUGAAGCAAUCAUGGGUGAGGACAGACAGACGAUUGGAUGGGUGAUUGAACAUGACUCUGUGAUGGUAUUGAUUUGGAGGUGAUUAUGUGUGUGAGCUAGGCUGCACGAUUAAUUGAAAUAAAAACUGCAAUUGUGAUAUGUCUGCGAUUUGAUUCAGUUGAUACAUGCGUUGCAUGUUUCAAGACUCAUGCUCUCAAAGAGGCAGCAUUUUGAGUGCACAAGCAUCACUUUUUGCCACUUUCUGCAUAUCUCCCAUUGAAAAGUAACUAGAGACUUGUGACUGGCGUGUCCCGAAUACCCUGUGUGAAGUGUGGCACUGUGUUCUGUUACACACGAGCAGCUCGUGAUAGUGUUUUCAGUAUCUCAAAGUGGCUUGGUUUGCAGUAAAAGCUUUUCUGCAUCUGCUUAGUUUGAGUGGCUGCAUGCAUUUGGGAACAAAGCAUCUUCCCAAACUGUAAUGAGAAGCACUUAUAAGCUGGCUGUUUAAAGAGAAAAGAGAACCUUUAAUGGCUCCAUUUGGCUCCGUCCCUCUGGCAAAAUAAAAUCACAAUUGUUAUCCGAAAAAUCGCAAUUACAUUUUUCUCCAAAAUCGUGCAGCCCUAGUGUGAGCUGAGGGAUGAAUUCUUCGGUACUUCCAGUCAGAAGAUUUGUACCUGUGGACCAUUAGCCAUUAGCGAUGGCUAAUGGUCACUGUGGCAACAGCUGCACGCAUCACUGCCAAAUAAUCACUCUGCAAAACUUUUUCCAGGAACAGUUGUCACAUUUUCAGUCACUGCACUCCGAAAAAAUGGACGGUUGAUUACCUUUUGGCUCCCAUUUGUUUCAGUUGUAAGCUCAAUAUUACAAUUGUAGAGAAAUAUCUUGCCCAAUAAUUCUUUCUUUUGCAAAGGGGUAUAAAAUUACACCAUUAUGAGGCUUAAAAUACCUCAGUGCACCCAGAGCCAUGACACUAAAUUUAAGCCCUUGAUUUUAGCAUUCAGUCACAAUUCACACCCACUUCUCAAAUUUAUCAGUCUACAUCUGGCUGUUGUUUUUGUCUUAAAUAUUGUGCAUCAUCAGCUGAGGCUGUUUUCUCACAGAUCUGUCUGAUGCUCACGCUGGCACUGAGAUUUCUAAGCAGAGCUCAAUUUUGCAGAUGAUAAGCUGCAAAAUUAAGGAGGAGAUGAAGAUGAUCUGUGAUUUUGGAUGUUUGUACCUUUUGCAUCAUUGUAGUGUAAUGGAUGGGAAGGUAAUUUAAAAAUUAUUUUCUGCUGUAAAUACCUUGUUUUGAUAUCUCUCUCCCUGAAAAACAACAUUUCAGCUGUAGUUUUCAAUACUUGGCUGCUGUAAAAUAUCUGCAUGGACAUGGCUUGUGAUGUGACAUUUUAAACCUAGCACAACUUGAACUGCCCACUUAUGUUUUUCCCCCCCUCAUAAUCAGUGAAAACGUUAGUGGAUGAAAUGUACAGCUGUUGUGAUGUAAACAACAACAACAACAAAAAAAAUGUGUGUGGAGAUAACAUUUGCUCAUUAUUAGUGUUUAAAUAGCCUUUCUUGCUGUUUUAAACAUGUUUUGUAUUUUGUACAGUUGUUGUUUAAAAUAAACUGAUAGUAAAUGU